AUGCCAUGGGGCAACAUACCAAGGCCCCGGUCUCGAUGCGGUGCCUGCGUAGUCUUAAAUAGAGGAUGCAAUUCACAAUGCAUCUUUGCUCCUUACUUCCAUGGUGAGGAUGGUAUUGCUCAUUUUGUCGCCAUCCGCGAUGUUUUUACUGUUAAGAAUGUUGUCAACCUCCUAGCUCCGCUUCCAAUCAACGGCCGAUUUUGGGCUUCCGAUACACUCCUCUUUGAAGCUCAAGCCCGGCUUCAAGAUCCUGUCUAUGGCUGUGUAUCUCACAUUCUCACCCUUCAGCAGCAGGUUAGUGAGUUGCAAGCUUAUCGAGCUUACUUGCAAGAUUUACUAUUUGCAUAUUAUUCUUCACAUCCCCAGCCUGCUCCUCAACCUAAUCAAAACCUGAGCUGGAAUUUCGAUCUUCCUAUCAUUCUAGAGGAUGCCCCUUAUCCUGGUUUCUCAGAGGUUACUCUUCCACCUUUCCCUGGUGAAGCUAGCAACAGCCAGAUGCCACCCGCAGAUGACAUCGAUGAGCUGGGAGCUGUUGUGUUUGGCAACUGUUGUCCUCACUGA